AUGGAGCUUUACCUCUUGGGUGCGUACACCCUGUACUGCCAACUGGGCACAGUCCUGAGCAGCCACAACAGCACAACCGACCAUCUUGAACCGGGAUCCAUUUCCUGUAAACCUGGCCUCCUGCUGCCCGUCUGGGAGCCGACCACAAACCUGGCACUGGGCGACAUUAUCGCUCGAGGCGUUGUCUACUUUGUCCUCCUAGUGUACAUGUUUGUCGGCGUCAGUAUCAUCGCUGACAAGUUUAUGGCUGCCAUUGAGGUGAUCACCUCGCAGGAGAGAACGAUAACCAUUAAGAAGCCCAAUGCAGAGCCUCAGGUGAUUAGUGUGCGAGUGUGGAACGAGACCGUCUCUAACCUGACGCUGAUGGCCCUCGGCUCCUCGGCGCCGGAAAUUCUACUGUCCAUCAUCGAGGUGAUUGCGCAGGACUGGCACGCUGGCGAUCUCGGUCCGUCCACCAUCGUCGGCUCUGCCGCCUUCAACAUGUUCGUCAUCAUUGCCAUUUGCGUUUGGAGCGUUGAUGAUUACAAGAAGAUUAAGCACUUACGCGUCUUUUUCGUCACCAUGAUCUGGUCAGUCUUUGCCUACAUUUGGCUGUGCUUCAUCCUCACGUGGUCGUCGCGCGGCGUCAUUGAUAUCUGGGAAGGUACGGUCACCUUUUUGAUGUUUCCGGCGACCGUGCUGACGGCCUACAUUGCCGAUCGCCGGCUGCUCAUCUACAAGUACCUCUCCAAGAAGUACCGCAUGAACAAGCACGGCGUCAUCGUCGGCGCUGAGGGCGAAGAUGUAGAGCUGGCGACGGCAAAGAUGAAUCACGUCAACGAUAACGGCUUUAAAGUGUUCGAGGAAACAGAUGAAGAGGCUAAGGAGUUUGAAGAGCACCGACGAGAGUACAUUAGCGUGCUGCGGGAAAUCCGCAAGAAGAACCCAUCGGCGUCAAUGGCAGAGAUUGAAGUGCUCGCCCGAAAUGAAAUCAUGAACCGCGGUCCGAAAAGUCGUGCAUUCUACCGCCUGCAAGCCACGAAGAAGCUGACAGGCGGUAACAUCCUCAGUAAACGGCGCGUCGAACGGGUCGAGGACGAAGUGAAGACGAGCAAAAAGGACGAAAAUUUGAUUAAGAUUUUCUUCAACCCCGGACACUACACGGUAAUGGAGAAUGUGGGCCAGUUUGCGGUUACGGUUACCAGAGAGGGCGAUCUCAGCCACUCAGUCUGCGUUGACUUCAAGACGGAGGACGGCACUGCUGAGGCAGGAAGUGACUACGAGGCAGUCGAGGGGACGCUCAUCUUCCGAAGUGGAGAGGCGCACAAGCAGGUGCUCAUUAAUGUCAUCGAUGAUGAUGUCUUUGAAGAGGACGAGCACUUCUACGUUCUGCUAAGCAAUCCAAGCAAUAUGGUGAAGAACUUACCCAAACUGCAGCUGAGCACGCCGGCAGUUGCCACUGUGAUGAUCCUCGAUGAUGACCACUCUGGGGUGUUCUCAUUUGCCGAUGGGCAGUACGAGAUUGCCGAGUCCAGUGGCGAGUACCAGCUGAAGGUGUGCCGUUUCAGUGGCGCUCGAGGGCGCGUCGUAUUGCCUUACAAGACAAUUGAGGGUACCGCAAGAGAUGGAACUGAAUUUGAGAUGACUUCAGGACAGAUUCUCUUUGAUGACAACGAGACUUCACAAUAUAUUCCUAUACAUAUUAUUGACAAUGAAAGCUACGAAAAAGACGCCACCUUCUACGUGGAACUCGGUGAGCCCAUCCGAGAAGAGGACCUAAACAACGAAGCCGCCGACACAGAGGCACAAACACUAACGAGCUCUGAUGAGAUUGCUCUUCUCGGAAAGCCAAAACUAGGCGAGCUGUACAAAUGUGCGGUGCGCAUCAAGGAGAGCAAGGAAUUCAAGAACAUGGUCGAUAAACUGAUUUCCAAAGCGAACACCUCAAUUAUGAUGGGCAGCGGGUCGUGGAAGGAGCAAUUCAUUGAAGCAAUCACCGUUUCAGCAGGCGACGAGGAGGACGACGACGGCGAAGAGGCGGAUCGCGUUCCAUCCUGUUCCGACUAUGUGAUGCACUUCUUUACCCUGUUCUGGAAGUUGCUCUUUGCUUUCGUGCCACCGACAGACUACAUGAAUGGCUGGUUGUGUUUCAUUACCUCAAUCGUCGUCAUCGGUGCAAUCACCGCCGUCAUUGGCGAUCUGGCCUCCCACUUUGGCUGCACCAGCGGAAUCAAAGACUCCGUGACGGCCAUCUCUUUCGUUGCCCUUGGUACUAGCGUUCCUGACACAUUCGCCAGCAAGGUGGCCGCUCAAAAUGACAAGUACGCCGACAGCUCCAUCGGCAACGUCACCGGCAGCAAUGCAGUGAACGUCUUCCUGGGCAUCGGCAUCGCCUGGACACUGGCCGCCAUCGUCCGCUGGACCCGCGGUGAGCAGUUCACCAUUGACCCGGGCAGUCUCACCUACUCGGUGACACUCUUCUGCAUCUGCGCCUUCAUCUGCUGCGCUGUCCUCCUCUUCCGCCGCCGCCGGCGACUGGGCGGCGAACUGGGAGGACCGCUUAGGAGUCGCCUGGCGACCACCAUUCUCUUCGUCUGCCUGUGGUUCUUCUACCUGAUCAUGUCCAGCCUGGAAGCGUACCAAAUUAUCCCUGGAUUCUAA